AGAGAGAGAGAGAGAGAGAAAGAGAGAGUGAAAGAGGGAGAGACAGAGGCAGGAGGGGGAGGAAGAGGAGGAGGAUGUUUUUGCGUAGUAGGAAGCAGGCAGGCUGAGCGUACUUCACUGCAGUGCCCUACAGAAGCAGCAGCACUGCUUCAUCCUGCUCUCUCUGUCAUUCUGCAGCUGCUGUUCACUCGGCUGUAUCUCUCUCUCUCUCUCUCUCUCUCUCUCUCUCUCUCUCUCUCUCUCUCUCUCUCUCUCACAUACACACUGAUCUUCCUGGGAUAGACACCGGCUUCUCUCACCCUCUCUCUGCAUGACUGUCACAAAGAUGUCAUGGCGCCCGACCUACCGAAGCUCCAAGUUUCGAAACGUUUAUGGCAAAGUUGGCAACAGGGAGCAUUGCUUCGAAGGCAUCCCCAUCACCAAGAACGUCCAUGACAACCACUUCUGUGCUGUCAACAGCAAGUUCCUGGCCAUAGUGACAGAGAGCGCAGGAGGAGGGGCGUUUAUCAUUAUCCCAGUCAUUCAGUCCGGCCGUAUCGACCCUCACCACCCAAAGGUCUGUGGUCACCAAGGCAACGUGCUUGAUAUCAAGUGGAACCCUUUCCACGAGAACAUCAUUGCUUCCUGUUCAGAAGACUCUUCUGUGCGAAUAUGGGAGAUUCCAGAUGGUGGCCUGAAGAGGAACAUGACUGAAGCCAUAUUGGAGUUGUAUGGUCACAGUAGACGAGUGGGUCUUAUAGAAUGGCACCCGACCAGCAGUGGCAUCCUGUUUAGCGCGGGAUACGACUACAAGAUCCUGAUCUGGAAUUUGGAGAUUGGCGAGCCUGUGAAGAUGAUCGAUUGCCACACAGAUGUGAUCCUCUGCAUGUCCUUCAACACUGAUGGAAGCCUUCUGGCCACCAGCUGCAAGGACAAGAGGCUGCGUGUCAUCGAACCCCGAUCAGGCCAGGUGCUGCAGGAGGCUAGCUGCAAGAACCACAAAGUAUACCGUGUUGUGUUCCUGGGCAACAUGAAACGACUCCUAACAACGGGGAUGUCCCGCUGGAACACGCGACAGAUUGCACUCUGGGAUCAGGAGGAUUUGUCUAUGCCAAUAACAGAGGAGGAGAUAGACGGCCUCUCAGGGUUGCUCUUCCCGUUCUAUGAUGCAGAUACACAUAUGUUGUAUCUGGCGGGCAAGGGUGAUGGUAACAUUCGCUACUAUGAAGUGACUACAGAGAAGCCUUACUUGCAGUAUCUCAUGGAGUUCAGGUCCCCUGCACCUCAGAAAGGACUGGGUAUAAUGCCUAAACAUGGCUUGGACGUGGCGUCCUGUGAAGUAUUUAGGUUUUAUAAGCUGGUGACACUAAAGGGAUUGAUCGAGCCCAUCUCCAUGAUUGUGCCUAGAAGGUCAGAAACAUAUCAGGAGGACAUCUACCCCAUGACUGCAGGAAUAGAACCUGCUCUCUCGGCUGAUGAGUGGCUCAGUGGGGUUAAUCGAGGCCCAGUGUUAAUGUCCCUGAAGGAGGGCUACAGCAGGCCCAGUAAGCUGGUAUUCAAGGCCCCGGUGAAGGAGAAGAAGAGUGUGGUGGUAAAUGGGAUUGACCUGCUGGAAAAUGUGCCUCCCCGCACAGAGAACGAGCUCCUGCGGAUGUUCUUCAGGCAGCAGGAUGAGUUGCGGCGGCUGAAGGACGAGCUAGCGCAGAAGGACGUUAAAAUACGACAGCUGGAGCUGGAGCUGAACAACCUGAGAAACAGUCCGAACAUUAAUAACCACAAUAACAAUAGCAGUGACAACAGCAUGUGACCAGGGUCAAGCCCUUAUAAAAAAAUAAAUAUAAAUAAUAAUUCCCUGUACUGCUGAACAACUUCCUGGGUACCCCCUGUCUUAUGUACCAAAAGGCCGAGCGUUUGUCCCCACCAACCAAUGUCUCAGUCUGACCCUUACUGUUGAUGCCUUUAAUGCUGUCAGACUCUAGUGGGGUGUAAGUCGACCCCUUCAUCACUAAAACCUCUUGCACCUAAUGGCCUGUGUUUACUGGCUGCUUGCCCAGCAGUUUCAGUAAACCUAAAGCUCACAUUCACAAACAAACUCGAAGAUUCAUGGAGGAGAAAUGUAGAUCAAAUGGACAAAAUAUUUCUUUCUUUCUAUUUAACUCUGUUAACUGUAUUUUACUAAUUUUUACACACAAACCCUUUGUCUUUCACUUUCAUCUAAUUAUCUCCUCUGUUGUUGGUAUUUGGCCUGCCGUAUUUGCAGUAUUGGAAUAGUUUUGACAGGUUAAUGAGAUACAAGCCAUUAUCUGUAUUGUGUUUUGUUUGGGUGUGUUUUCUUAAUAAUUGUCGUUAUUUAUUUUGUGAUAUCCACAAUUACACAUUGUUUAAAAAAACAAAACAAUUUAUCUCAUCUUUAACCAUGGAUGUAGAGAUGGAGCCUGUUAGCUGGUCAACCAAAUAACUCUUCGAAAAGUAA